GCCAGGUGAGUCGCAGGCCGAGCCGAGCCCAGGGGAGGCACCGGCGGAGCUGCAGUCAGGGCGUUGGAAGGACCCCAUGCCCGGUUCCUCAGGAGGUGGCAUCCCAACGAUGUCUCCGAGCCGCCCUGGCCCCCAGCAGAGCAUGUGCGGGCUGGAGUUGGAGGAGCUGGACGGAACAGAGCUGCAGAGAGAUGAGGAGGAGGCCGCCGCACUGCGUACCGUGAGGAGGCCCUCGGUGGCGCCCAUGGCUGGCCCAGACCCUGUGCUGAGCGUGAAUCACCCCUUCUAUGACGUGGCCCGACACGGCAUCCUGCAGGCGGCAGGGGAGGACCGCCUCGGAAGACGAGUCAUCGCGUUCUGCUGCUGCCGGAUGACCCCCUCUCGCGAGCUCAACCACAGGCGGCUCCUGGAGUAUUUGAAGCACACUCUGGACCAGUACGUGGAGAGCGAUUAUACCAUCGUCUACUUCCACUAUGGGCUGAACAGCCAGAACAAGCCGUCCCUGGGCUGGCUCCAGAGCGCCUACAAAGAGUUUGACAGGAGGUACAAAAAGAACUUGAAGGCCCUCUGUGUCGUGCAGCCCACCAACUUCAUCAAAGUCCUGUGGGACAUCCUCAAACCCCUCAUCAGGUACGGUUUGGGGAAAAAAGUCACCUAUUUCAACUAUCUGAGUGAGCUCCGUGAACACCUCAAAUACGACCAGCUGAUCAUCCCCCCCCACCCCCGGAGAUAUGACGAGGAGCUUCGGAACCUGCACGCGGGCAGGCUGCCCCCUCCCACAAAGACGCCCCCUCCGUGGCCCCCUCUGCCCACCCAGCACUUUGGCAUCAGUCUGCGAUAUCUCAAAGACAAAAAUCAAGGCGAACACCCCCCUGUGCUGAGGUACACAGUGACAUACCUGAGAGAGGAAGGACUCCACACCAAGGGCCUGUUCCGGAGAUCGGCCAGCGUCCAGACCUUCCGCGAGAUCCAGCGGCUCUACAACCAAGGGAAGCCUGUGAACUUUGACGACUAUGGCGACAUCUACCUCCCUGCUGUGAUCCUGAAGACCUUUCUGUGGGAGCUGCCCCAACCGCUGCUGACUUUCGAGGCCUACAAGCAGAUUCUCGGGAUCACCAGUGUGGAGAGCAGCCUGCGAGUGACCCGCUGCCGCCAGAUUCUGCAGAGCCUUCCAGAACACAGCUACGCCGUCCUCAGCUACCUCAUGGGCUUCUGCACGAGGGAGAGGACAUGUGCACGGUGA